UCCGGGAUGACAUUGACGUCACUUCCGGUUGCUUUCUCCCGCCACACAGCAUGUAAAUUGUGGGGUAUAACUCCUGACGAUGGUGCGUGAGAGUGAUUUGAAAAGUAUCCGCCAGUUUGUCCGCGGACAGCUUCGUGCAGAACAAGAUUUAAGCUCGCUGACUUUGGGAAUUUUAAAACGGCGCUAUUUGGCUACGGUGGGGAGUGACGCGCUGAGUGCUUCUGCCAAAAGUCUACUGAAACAGGUGGUUGAACAGGAGCUGAUAGAAAUGCAGGAGAGCAAAAGUGGUGAUGAGUCGGAGGCUGAGGACGUCCAAAACAAAAGAAAACGAGAGAGGGAAAAUGACAUUGCCAGCGAAAGCGAAAAUGAAGUUGCCUCCAAGCGAAUAAAGUCCAGCCGUCACGUGAGCUCCGAAUCUGAAUCUGAGGAUGAAGAGAGUAACGCAGCAGAAAGUGUGAGGGAUGAAGAGGAAGAACAAAGUAAAACUGGAUCAGGGGGUGAAAAGCAGGAAAUUAGAAAAUCACCAGAAAAGAAAAAUGGAAAGCGUGAAGAAGAUGGAGAAACAGAGAUGGAAACAAACAUGGCAAAAAAGAAAGCGCAUCAGAGUUGUGAUGAUGAUAGUAACUCAAAUAAGAAUGACACCUCUCAGUCGUCUGAUGAAAGUGAAAAAGCAGAAGAAAAGACAACAAACCACGCAGAUUCGGAUUCGUCAUCUCUGCCCUCUUUGGAGGAUGAGCAGGAACUCAAAACCAAAGAAAACAAAGUCAAGCAAAUGAAGGAAAAAGAUCAAGAUGGUGGAAAAAAGAAGUUGAGCAAAAAAGACAAAGACGGUCCUGCAAAAAAACAGAAGGAAGAUGACAAAGCAAUCGUGAGACUCAAGCGCUACAUUUCUCUCUGUGGCGAGAGACGCAAUUACAAGAAGCUCCUUGGUGAAUGUCGCUCUGUUCGCUCCAUGUUGGCUGUUCUAAAGAAGGAGUUGGAAGAUCUCGGUGUUCACGGUCAGCCGUCCAUCAAAAAAUGUAAAAAGGUACGUCUGAAGAAAGAAGAAGCUCGGGAACUUGCUGAACUGGAUGUCAGCAAUAUCAUUGAUAGUCAAGGUCGACCUAAACGAAGAGGAGCCUUUGCACAACAACAUGAAUCUGCGCGCCACGCAUUGCCGCGACCGGCGAGCUCCGUUUCUGAUAGCGAGGAGGAAAACGAUGUGCGGCAAGUACAGCGAAGGACAUCAAACUGGGCCAACCUGAAGGGAAUCAUCAGUGAUGAUGCCGACAGCGACUAAGGCGUAGUAGCUCUUCAUGCAAAUGUUCUGAAAGAGACAAUCCUUUUGUCCAAAUUUGAGUCGUUUCAUACAUUACAGCAGGGAAGGACGACGCGAGUAACCAACAUAUAGUUCACAAGACGAGAUAUUGUAUUUUCCCAUGAAUGGUGUAGAGGUGAUCAUUUAAAAAUGUCACUACUUGCAGAUUUUUAUGAAAAUAAAGUGCUGCUUAUUUUUUGA